AUGAGGCCCCUGCUCUGUUGCCUGGGGCUGGCUGUGCUCCUGGGGCCCUGCCUGGCCUGUCCCAGCGCCUGCUCCUGCUCCACCAAGAAGAAUGGGCGGCUGUUGGCCGAGUGUGCCUACAAGGACCUCCAGGAGGUACCUGAGGGGUUGUCCUCCAACGUGACCAUCCUCACCUUGUCAGCUAACCGGAUCAGCUGGUUGGGGCAAGGCUCCUUUGCUGAGGUUCCCGAAGUGCAGUCGCUGUGGUUGGGCUACAACCAGAUCGGGGUGGUGGAACCGGGGGCUUUCGCCUUGUUGGUGCACCUGAAGAACCUGGACCUGAGCCACAACAAGAUUGCGGAUUUCCCCUGGCAGGACCUGCGUAACCUCAGCGGUCUGCAGAUCCUAAAGAUGAACAACAACCGCCUGGCUGGGCUGCCCCGGGAUGCUUUCCGUGCCUUGAAGGACCUGCGCUCCCUCUGGCUCAACGACAAUGAGUUGACCACCUUGGCCGAGGGCACCUUUGACAACCUGCCCUCCCUGUCCCAGCUGCAGAUCUUCAACAACCCCUUCAACUGCUCCUGCAAGGUCUUCUGGCUGAAGAAGUGGACCGAGAACACCUCCGUCUCCAUCACCAAGGGGGGGUCUACCCUGUGUGUGGCUCCUGGCAGGCUAAAGGGCAGGGCGGUGACGGACAUCCCCGACCACCACUGCAUUGCCCCCUCCGUGCAGCUCACCUACCUCUCCAACCUGGACAACACCGUCAUGUACGAUGGCCUCACCCUGACGCUGCACUGCAGCGUGGCGGGCAGCCCUCCACCAGAGAUCAGGUGGAAGAUCCAGACCUCCAGCCGCCGCAUUGAGAUCAACGGGCCCAACGUGGCACGGGAUGGAAGCAUCAAGCAAAGCCAAGAGCGAUUCCUGGUCUUCAAGAACGGCACCAUGGCCAUCCCCAACUUCAGCAAGGAGAACGAAGGCAUCUACACCUGCCUCGCUGUCAAUGACGUGGGCACGCGGGAUGUCUCGGUCAACGUGGCCUUGGCUGGGUCAGAGAAUCCAGCUGAAGACCUGCUCCGAGAUGACCCCCAAGCCAGCCACCUCGGGGGUCAGAGCUGCUACAAGGGGGAUGAAAUGGAUCCCUCCGGUGCUGGAGAAAAGCUGGUGAUUGUUUACCACAUGCCGAGGGAGUCGAAGAGCAGAGCUGGAGGAGCGGUGCCCCGGGUCAGCCUGGGGACCCUCCUGCUGGCUUUGGGCAUCACGGUCUGCUGUUAA